CAAUUGACGACAUAACAUGCAGAUCUAUCCGCUUGUCAUUGAUCAUUCAACAUGAUGCACAUCGACCCGCGUGACACGGACGUGGACAGCACGCGGUCGUGCGUAGAUAACGUUGCCUACAUCGUGGAGCAGAAGGAUAUGCCGUCGUUGCAUCGAUCGCCCCCGCGUCAAUGCAACGACAUGUUAUUCCUCAUCGCGUUUCUGGCCGUGAUCGGGAUGACCGUAGCGUUUGCCGUGCAAUUCGGUCCUAAGUUCAUCCAGGAGACGCAGCUCCGAGACAAUCCCGAUACGACCGGCUUCAAGAAGGUCCUCAACUACGCGGCGAUGUGCGGCGGCGCGUCGAUUGGCAUUUCCCUCGCGUGGAUUGUGACCAUGAUGUUCCUGGGCGAGUUUGUCAUUUGGGCGUCGUUGUUCUUCAUGAUCGGUGCGUGUGUGUUUGCCGGCAUCUUCAUGACCAAGAAACUACACGAGCGCGAAGCCAAGGUGUACUGGUGGCCGGCGCCCGUAUUUGGGCUCUUGGCGCUCCUCAUCACGUUGUACGCCGUGUGCAUCCGCAAACGGGUGAAAUUCGCGGCCGUGCACCUGAAAAUCGCCGGUAGCGCCAUCGUCCGGCUGCCCAUGACGCUCAUUGUGGCAUUGGUCAUGGUCGUGGUGCAGUUGGCGUGGGCCAUCACGUGGUUCCUUGGCGUGUAUGGUCUCUUCGACCACCUCGAGUACAUCAAGCCCAACCACCAUUGCGCUGACCCACAUUCCGCCGCCAAGUGCAAACUUCAUGUGAAAUACGGUCCGAUCGUUGGCCUUUCGGUACCGAUGCUCGCCGUGUUCUUUUGGGGCGCCAUGGUCGUCAAGAACAUCGUGGCAGUCACGGUGGCCGGCACCGUGGCGGCGUGGAAGGUCAACGUCAGUACCCCGCUCAUCACACUGGGCGCGUGGGGCCGCGCCAUGACGCUGAGCUUGGGCAGCAUUUGCUUUGGCUCGUUGGUUGUGGCCAUCUUGGAAGCCAUCCAAACGGUCCUCAAUUCGAUUUCGAUGGUCGCGGCCCGGAGCGGCAACUGCGUCGCCGCGUGCAUCGUCGGCUGCUUGGCGUGUUGCCUCGGCUGCAUCAAAAACAUGGUCGAAACGUUCAACCGGUAUGCGUACGCGUACGUGGGCAUCCACGGGAUCAGCUUCCUCAAAGCGGGGCGGCAGGUAUCGCAACUGUUUCACAGCAAAGGGUGGACAGGUGUAGUGAACGACGACUUGACGCAAAAGGUGUUUUGGCUUGGCAAUUUGGUCGUGGGGGGGCUCACUUCGUUUGUGGCUGUGACGGUUGUGGCCGAUCAAGUGGAAAACCAGUCGUUUCAGUUCCCAGGAGUCAAGCGCCCAGAGUACAUGGUCGGCCUCGUGGCGUUCCUUAUCGGGUACAUCGUCAACAACUUGUUCAUGUCGGUCAUGGGUGGCGCAGUGACGACGAUCUUUGUGUUGUGGGCCGAAGACCCGCUCGGGUGGUCGCUCACGCAACCGAAACACUACGCCGCCUUGCACAACGCGUGGCUACGGAUCUACCCCGACGAGUACAACCACGGCCAAGGAGGCAAUCCACCGUCGGAACUUGGCAACAAGCCACACGCGAUGCCUGCAUAAGUCUUAUUCUAAUACACAAGUUACAUCCUAUGGAUGUAGGUAGUGUCGAAUGGGGGCAUAUUGUGUGUGCCAUAAACGAGUAGU